UUGAUUUCGGUUGUCUAGAAUGGUUGACUGGGCUAGUUGCCUUGGGUCGAACUGCUCGCUCCGAUCCCGGGAGGUCGAGGCUGUCUCUUGAUGAUGUUCUCGAUCGAUCCGGAGCGAAAUUCGACCCGACGUAUGGUGACAGACCUCCCGUACCACAAUUUCCAGCAAGCGACUUGAUUUUAGCAGCACAACCAAAGAAAUAUGGAAGAUUCAGUUACAAUGGAAGAAACGAGCGAUAAUGAAGACUCGACAGAGCUUUCAUCUUCCUCAAUGGGCUUCACGAUCCUACCAGAAAGACAGGCGAAGGUCGCGACCCUUGUCAGUAUGAUCGAGAAGACGGAAAAGGACAAGGACACGGUGAAAGAGAAGGUGGUCAAGACAGACAAAAAGCCCAUUGAGAGUGGACCAGGAGGGCCCUUCCUGGAUGAGAAUGGGGAACCUAUUCUAUACUGUCUUUGCAGGAGUUCUGAUUGCUCACAGUUCAUGAUAGCAUGUGAUCAUUGUGAAGAAUGGUAUCAUGGAAGAUGCGUCGGCGUGGAGGAACCUGCUGCUAAGUACAUCCUCAAGUAUGCCUGUCCACCGUGUAGAGAGAAAACUCCAGGUCUGUCUGUUAUCUACAAGGAAAGGAAGGAGAAGAAAGAACGGCCCAAAUUGGACAAGCCAAGCGGGAAGAAGAUCAAGAAGAAGAAGAAACAGCUCCUGAAAGAGAAGAAGAUGAAGAUGAAGUUGAAGAAGGAGAGGGAAAAGAAGAAGAGACGUAAGAAGCUAAAGAUGAUGAAAAUGAAAGAGAAGAGUAGUGCAGCGAGUGGUAUUGGAACAGGUGCCUCUGAGGCUGAUGCAUCCGGGGACUAUUCACCUAUUACUAGUGGUCAGAAACUCACUAGGCCACAACUGAGAGCCAAUAGAAGAUGUGGUGAAUGUGAAGCUUGCAAGAGGAUUGAAGAUUGCGGAAAAUGUGACUUUUGCAUGGACAUGAAGAAAUUUGGUGGACCAAAUAAGAUUAGACAGAAGUGUCGCUUAAAGCAGUGUAUACACAGAGCCAGUAAAAGUUUUUUGAGACCACAGCAGACAAGGAAGAGCAAGAAAUAUGAUUCAGCGACAAGCCAGGAUACAGACAUGGAAAUUAUGUUUCAGAAUCGUUCCAAUUCUGUGCAAUUGUUGAACCACCAUGACUAUGCAAUGCGACCUGAGUUUGACCCUGAUCCAAUGAAACCAACGCCAGAAGAGGAGGAACUGGAAAGAAAGAUGAAGGAAAAGAGAAAGGAAGCCAUCCAGGAAAAGAAAUUAAAAAAGAAGUUGAAGAAGGAAAAAGAACAGAAGAAGGCACAAAAGAAGAAGCAGAAGGAGGAAGAGAGAAAGAAGAAGAAACUGAAAAAGAAGGUUAAGGUGAAGAAAGUCCAACGUGAACUGAGGAAGAGGACAGCCGGUGGAGCCGUGAAGCAGACUCAAAGAGGUGCUAAAAACCUGAAGGAUCUGAAGCAGUGCUGCGGACCAGGAUGCACUCAACCUGCCAGAGCAUUCAGUAAAUAUUGUAGCGAGGAGUGUGGACUCAAAUUGGCUACAAACCGCAUCUUUGAGCUCCUUCCUCCACGGAUCCAGCAGUGGCAGCAGAGCCCCUGCGUUGCCGAGGAGAACAACAAGAAGAGCCUGGAACAGAUGAGGAACGAGAUGAUGAAUGUCAAGCACAAGAUUGCCGAGCUUGAUGAGAAAAUCAAGAAACUCCAGCUGAUCAUCGUCAAGGCUAAGAGUGUGCCCAUCAAGAUAGAACAAGAUAGUACAGACAAUGAGGAAGAAGCAGAGGCUAGUGUGAACUGUGUCACCUGUGGGCAUUCCAUCAAUCCUACUAAGGCUCUUAUGCAUAUGAGCAAGUGCUUCAGAAAGUAUGAAAGCCAGACAUCUUAUGGAUCUGCUUAUCAAACAAGAAUAGUUGGGGAAUCUAUGUUCUGUGAUUACUACAAUGCACAGCAAGGAACCUACUGUAAAAGGCUGAAAGUGUUAUGUCCUGAACACACAAAAGAACCAAAGGUCAGUGAAAAAGAAGUGUGUGGCUGCCCAUUAGUAGCAAAUGUAUUCAAGGAAACGGGUGAAUUCUGCCACUUGCCCAAGCGAAAGUGUACUAAGCAUCAUAACUGGGAAAAGCUCAGACGAGCAGAGAUUGAUCUGGAAAGAGUGAGAUGGUGGUUGAGACUUGAUGACCUGCUUGAACAAGAGCGAAAUGUGAAGACAGCGAUGACGAACCGUGCUGGGGUGCUUGGCCUGAUGCUUCAUCAAACUAUCGAUCACAGUCUUAUGAGACAGGUAUCUUCACAUCCACAAACAGAUGCCUCCGUCAAGUAGGAAAUACCUGGAGACAAAAAUAAAACAAUUUGAGCUGAUGAAUCUCUUAAAGCCACUUGGGAAGCAGCUUUCACUGGCAGUGGAUUAUUAUUUUGCUGACCCAAGACUUUGUGAAAAGCAUUGGAAAGACCUGUAACAGAGACACCUUCGGGGGACAGCAAACUCGGUGUACCAGUGAGAAAUUUUUCGGCCAACCGUAAAUAUGGACAAGCCGGGGUGCAGUGGUUCCGACUCUCGUCUUGUAAACAGAGCAUUCUAUGGGGUUCCUUACAACAUUCAGAUUCAAUAAAUAUGUAAGGAUGGGCAUCUCAUCAACAGUUAUGUCUGGCAAGUUCUCGGAUCUGACAACUCUCCCUGAGUUUUGCUGGCUGAGAAACACACUUUCUAUGGGAAUUUUAGAUCAAGUAGACUUUGUCAGAUAAAAUAUACUGAUGAAAUACUUUUUGCUGUAACACUUCCAACACAAGCAUGAUCUGACCCUUACUAUUUCCAGUGAUAAGAAGGUAUCAGUGUAGACACGUGCAUGUCCCUUCACUAAAUUGAUGCUGCAGGUGGGUGUUUUAUAAAUCUGUUCAUAAGUUGCAACAGACUUUACAAAUGACUGGUGACAAUUUCUUAGGAACUGAAUCAACACCAAUGGAAAUCUGGUGUGUAUCACUGGCCACAAGAAAGGAUCACCAGUCGAUCGUAAAGCCGCUUGUAUAAACUUACAUACAGCUUUAGGAAAUGCCCACCUAGUCCCUGUUGCAUAAAAGUUACCAUUAUGGGAACUUUGCCAUGCAAUGGUAAAUUGCAUGGAAAUCAUUGUUACCAUGGUAGUUAACACUGGGUGGCAAAGUUACCAUAAUAGUAACUCUUAUGCAACAGGGCCCUGGUCAAGAUACAGGAAGACAAUGUGCUGAACAAGGGAGUGUUUCACGAAGCAAAACGUCAGUGGUUUCACUGAUUUGCCCUGACUAAUUUGUUUUGAGCCAAUAAGAUGCAACGAUUUCAGAAGCUUAUAAUAAUUUUCAGUGGAAAUUGCUAUUAGCUUCAUGAAAUGGCUCCCAGGUUAGAGGGGGCUUUUUUUUUGUUAUCCCAUCAGGAAAUAGAUGUGAUAAAAAUGCUUGGACAAUCUGAUGACUAGCUUGAAAUCUCUGAUGUACAUAAAGUUCCAGUGUAUGUAAGGAUUGUCCAUACUAUUUUGUCUGUUCAAUUAAUUGAUAAUGUAAAUACAUCGAGUGCAAAGUUGACGUAGGUCCAAAAACAUUUGUUUGUGAUUGAUCGUAUGUUGACAAUACAAUAAAUUGAUUACUUUGAAUGAUCAACCAUAAAAAUUGUCAAUCGCUGACCUGUAUGUAGUUGGGCCUAGAUGAAUUGCUUCAUGAAUUAUAAUGUACAAAAUAUACCAGUGUACAUAAGAAAUAAAGAAAUAAGUGUAUAUAUGUACAUUAAUACUAAGUGUACAUAAGAGCUCAGUCUCAGUGUACAUAAGAACUUGGUGUACAUAAGAACUCAGUGUACAUAGGAAAUCAGCAUACACACCAAAUAAGGGUACAUAGAAACUUGGUGUUCAGAACUCUUAGUACAAAAAUACUUAUUGUACAUAACAGCUUAGUCUCAGUGUACAUCCAUGUAAGAAAUCAGCAUACAUACCAACAACUAAGUGUACAUAAAAACUUGAUGUACACAAGAACUCGAUGUUAGAGAAUGUGGUGUAUAUGAGAGAUGACAAGUCAACUCGGUCCUUUCCAGAAAUGGAUGAGCAUGUCCUGUAUGGUUUUAUAGCCAAAGACAGACGAUUGUACGAACAAGAUACAGGUGUACAGAUCAUCUAUUCAUAAUGAGAUUACUGUUAAUGAGCUUUGCAUCCCUAUGCUGAGCAGAUAGUGUGGAUAUAAUCUGAUAAACUGAAGCUGCACACUAGUAAUCAUUCAGAGAUCAGAAAUUGUACGUUUUUGUGUUCCUGACAACUAAAAUGCUUUACAGUCCUUUCAUGUCAUAAGUAUUGAACGAAGUGCCACCAAAGCUUAAUUAAUGGUAUUGAACUAAGCUGAUUAGCAAUACCAGGUUGUAUUCAUUGUUUUUUUUUCCUCCAAAGUCGUUUAGGCUGUCUCAGGUAAACAUAGGCCAUCAUUUUAUGCACUAUUGUAAUAAAGGGCAUGCUUGCAAUCUUGAACAUAAUAUGCAAGUCAGACUGUGAUCAACUUUUAGAGGUUGCUUGUGCCGACUGCAGUGAAGUAUCUUGGAUUAAAUGGCAAUAACCAUUUGCUUCAGACAACAAAUUUCAAUAAGAAAACAAAGAUAUAUUUCACAGUAUUCCUACUUUUCCAUGCUUUAACUUCACUGACAUGAAGUUUCAAUAUGAUUUUUUUGAGAAUGCUAAAUUGGAAAUACAAAAAAUUCACCCUCCGAUAUAUUGAUUAGAAUCUAAUGAGAUGUUAAGUCUUGUUACAUUGGGCCCUGUUGCAUAAAAGUUGCUUUCCCAUCCAAUGGUAAGUUGGUCUGGAAUCCUUGAUUUUGAUUGGUUGGUGAUCAGUGUUACCAUGGUAGUUACCAUUGGAUAACUAAGUUAACCUAAUAGUAACUUAUAUGCAACAGGGGCCAGAACAGCAUAGCAGAUUGAAUGUUACAGUAAUCUCACUAUGUUAGUUGGAUUUCAGUGUGCCCUCUUGGGCCAAGUUAUAACUAAGUUGAUAAUUAUAAGUUGACCAUGUUGGUUUUAAUGUGUAAGGACACUACAAACUGUAUAUAGCAUUUAAUCAUAUAUAACAUUUUACAUGUGUGUGCGUAUAUAUGUGUGUGUUUGAUGACGGCUUAUAAAUGAUACAUUGUAAGACUUGACCUGCAGGCAGCAAGCAUAAAAGUAAAAUGUUGCUUUGACAUAGUCAAUUAAGAAAAAAUAUAUGUUGUGAAGACAAUGAAAACUUUUGCAUGUAUCACAUACAGAGUAUUUUCUCCUGCACCUGUUCAUUCUGAAAUAUAUUUUGUUCUGAACCCAAAUGAUUGCUUUACCCCUUGUGCGCACUGCUUUGUCAUUUCCAUCUCCCUUUUCCGUCUCGUGAAGGACUUCCCAUAAUGUACAAUUACUGAAAUAUUUCUAAUGCUGUAUUUGUUAAACAAUCGGAGCUACUUUUGUUUGGAAAAUGUUAGUACCAGUAAACUUUGACCUUCCAUACGUUUAACAUCCGCCCAAGUCAUACAUUAUUUAGACUAGAUUAUGUCAUGUACCUCUUCAAAGUCAAACCAGUUCCCAUGGUCCCCAUAGAUACCUGUAGUCUGUUUUAACGUCCAGCUCUCGUGAUAAGAAUACUGAAGUGAUGAUGUCAGUUGCCAUGGUGUAAUGGCGACCCGCUGAAUGAAAGUGUGUGUUUCUUAUAGGAGAAAUGGCUGCUAUCGGAAUUUUAUCGCUUGCAACCUAUUUCUGCGAGCGAAAUUCAUACAAAUGUGUACAGAUGAUCGUCAGCUGCGACUCUGUUUAGAAGCAGCCCGCCAUGACACCACGGCGACUGACAUCACACUUCGAUACCCUUAUGUCCAUUUCAAAUCAAUAUGGAGGCUUGAAAAAAAGAAAUAUAACAAAACCCUGUAUAUUUCAAUCUUAAUAUCAGUGAAAGGUAUAUUUGCAUAGUUUAAAUUUGAAUUUUUGAUACCAGUGACAAAGUUCCAACUGGCGUGAAUUUUCUCUUGUGAGAAUGUGUUUCAAAAUCUCUGUGUGUAGACUAUCCAAUGUUUUUCUUUCAAUUUAUUGCUGGUUUCAGUGAUUUUUAAUAAAUAUAAUGCUAUCUUUGGA